UGGCACAGACCGUAUACCUGACGAGUAACCUCGUAUACGGCCUGAGACAGUCUUGUUUCACGCUUGACUUACUAAAAAGGGCUGCUAACGAGCCAUGAGCUCCUAUUAGUGGUGAGCACUCGCCCCGUAAUCUCCUUCUACUCGAAUGAGAAUUGAUGCCUGCCCGCAGCACCUUGAGCCACGGCAUCUCCUAUUCAAACAUUAUUGGCGAACCAAAUAACAUCAAGGUCCGCAGUUUGACAAGAAGAACUACGAUACAUGUAAUUCAAGCCGUGAAGAAAGAGUACCAUGAGACGGAUUGCUGUAAACACCUAGUAUUGCAAUCAUUGAACAUGGUUAGGAUGAAAAGCCAGAAACCUUUCACAGAAGCUGCCGAGAAGAACGUCUCUGCGACAGGCGACAAAUGCCAUAUUUACUGUCGGUUAGUUCUUUGCAUGUACUUCUCGAUGGGAUUAAAAGAACAUUCACAGGUUACCCGUAUUAAUGAUCCGAUACUCAUUGAGAUAAGACAGUCGCAGUGGUCGGCGCAGAUGCUACAGGGGUCCAAGUAUGGCCGACUAUUCUGCACCAUCAGAAAUUUGGUAAAGCCCCUUUACCUCCUAUGCUUGGAUAAUUUUACUCUCUUGAUCAAAUGAAAAGAUAGCUGAAUUGCAAUAUCGGACUUGAUCUCCUUGAACUUAUUCUCUUCG